AUGGGUGAGAGUACGCAAAGAAUGCAAAUUAUAAAAAGAAAAGCGAGUAAUAUGAAGGGAUAUAAUAGAGAAAACAAGAAAAGCAAGCAAAGUCUGUGGUCUGGCUAUAAUUCCGUUUACCGUCGUUCCUACGUGUUAGCAAUUGGUGGUUCUGUCUUUAUUGAAGCUGGUGCUGUUGAAAUUUUUGCUUUCUCUUUAGAAAACCAUCAUGGUGUGAAUUCUGAAAAAAACUGGGUAUAUGGUCUCAUUAUAACUGAUGUUCAGCAUUGGAGACCGGUAUGUGAAGAUUUUAAGAAGCGAAUGAAUAUUGAAAAGGACAAGCCUGAUGACAAAAAUCCUAUUAUUGGUUUCGGAAUAAAUAUUGAAAUUGCCAGUGUCUUCUUGAAAGGCAAAAAUAUUCCAAAUAUUAUGGAUUAG